AAAGCAAAAGAAAUUCAAGUGAACAGUGAGAAAAAAAAAAAAGAAAACAAACUAAAGCUGUAAAACACAAAAUACGAACACACGAAUCCGAUCGAGAGACAAAACACUCCAUAGGCAGCAAAGCAAAGCAAAGAAAAGGAAGAAAAAGUUAACCACGAGUACGCUUUGGUUUGGAACAAGCAGCAGCAAAAGCAAAAGCUUGUGAAUGCUUGUCGAACAGUUGCUGGCACAAUAGGCACAACACACAAGACAUAACAAGGACCAAGCGCACUAAUUGAGGCUUUCUCUCUAGCUCCAAAGCAUUGGCUGCUGCGCUUCGACUUGAGCAACUGCAACAAGUUAAGAAGCCAAAGCAACAACAACAAAUCCACAACAUGUAUCCGGCCAGCGCUAACAGCGGCGCCUCCGCCAAGUUCCAAAAUCGCUGCGCUUCGCCACAGUUUGCCAACUUUGCGCCGCCGCCGCCCUCAGACUAUCCGCCACCCAGCAGCCACCCACUGCAGCAGCAGCAGCAGCAGCAGCAGCAUCAACAGCUGUCACAGACUACGGCCGUAGCGGUGCACAGCGCACCCGGACACGGCUCCAUGCGUCUGCCGCCCGGACAGCAGCGCUCGCUGGGCAGCCACGCUCACGCUCAUGGGCAUGGCCAUGGCCAUGGCUUGGGUCUGGGCAUGGGCAGCUUGGGGCAGGCGCAUGGCGCCGCCACUUUGGGCCAUCAUCAUGCACAUCGCGGCGAUCUGAUCUUUCCCGACGACAUGGACAGCAUUGAGUUCUGCAUGCCCAACUCCAUGGGCGCCUCUGGCGGCUCCCAGCAGAACGGCGAGCUCAUGCUGCUCCAAGGCGCCCAUGGCGAGGCGUUCACGGAGCGCCGUCGACGCGGCCACAGUCGCCGCAGCAAUCACAAAAUGGAAGUCGAGCAGCAGGUGAAGUGGUCACGCAAGAACAUUGCAGCCACCAUGGAACGCUUUGAGCCAACAGCGACGAGCAACACACAGAGCUCAUCGUCGACUUCAUCGCUGGAUUACGGAUUCGCCGCGGGCGUAAUGACGCCCAGCAGCAGCAGUGCCACGCCCUCGCAUGCUGCUGGGCUGAACUCGACGCCAGCAGCGCUGCAUGUGGCAUACAAUGGAGGUGGAGCUACUGGUGGCGCUGUAGGCGGAGCAGCAGCUGCUGCGUCGUCGUCGUCGGCUCCUUCAGCUCCAUUCAAUCAUGUCUACUCCUAUGCCUACUACGAGCCCGGAGCGGCCAAGUGCCACACCAAUGUGCCACCGCAGUCGAAGAGUCCGCCGCGCAACUCGAUACGCGCCCUGCUGGCCAAGAGCUUCCGCUCCAAGUCGUCCUCGCACAGCGGCCAGUCGACCUCGUCCUCGCCCAGCGCCGAGGAGCGCGAUCGUCACACCUACACCACACGCUACGGCACCACCGAGAAUCUGUACGAGGAGGUGAGCGACCAGAAGAUACGCAAAGUGCUCUCCGACAAUCGCAUCGCCACCUCCAGCGUGGGCAAUGUCAAGGAGGAGCUGCGCCGAGUGCAGCACAAUCACUUCCGCGUGCUGGACGAGCUCAAUCUGUCGCUCGAGGCGCUCAUCAUGCCGCCCACGCCGCCCGACAUCAGUCCCAGCCAUGGGGCCAGCAAUGGCGCUGCCGGCGCCGCAGUCGGCGAUGAGGCAGCCCAAGCACAAGAGGCAGCCGCUGCAGUCGUCAGCAGCAGCAUCAGCAGCAGCGCCGCCGCUCCCACUUUGCCCAGCACUGUGCACACCGGAGCCACAGCCAAGACGACUCAACUCAACUCAGCGCAGCGUCCACGUCGCGGCGGCUUGCUGGGCGGCGCCGCUGCCAGCGCCAGCGCCAGCGCCGUCUCCAACUCCAGCUCCGCUUCGCACGCCAGCCUGGAGAAUCUGUCGAGCACGCUGAACAGCAUGGAGCUGAAGGAUCAUGCGCACAGCAGCUGCAUCAAUCCGGAGUUCGAUGAGGGCGAUCUGGACAGCGGCUUCAGUGGCAGCGGCAGCAGCAGCGGCGCCAGCUACAACGAAAGUCUGCGCUACUAUAAAACGGCCACGCCCACCAGCCACCAGCCACAUCAGCAUCAUCAGCAGCACCAUCAGCACCAUCAGCAUCUGCAGCAUCACAGCAGCCAGAGCAGCGGCAGCAAUCAGAGCAACAAUCAUAUGCACACCUUGCCGCAUAAUCUGCGCAGCUGUCGCAGCUCCACAGCCUCCGGCAAUUCCACCUCGAAGAGCAGCAUGGCCAGCUGUGGCGAAGAUCAGGGCAUUGCCGGCAUGGGCAUGGGCAUGGGCAUGGGUAUGAUGGGCAUGGGCAUGGGCAUCUCAGAGCUAUCGCCCUUCAAUUAUCCGCGUCGCUGUUCGGCGGAUCAGCAGCGCGCAUCGGGUCGCUCCACUGCAUCCGCCGCUGCCACUGCUGCUGGCAUGAGCUCCUCAGCUGCUGCUCCUCCUGGCGGCGGCGCUGGCAUGACCGCAGCUCUGGUCAUGAACACUGGCGCGAAACCCAAAAAGAAUUUCUGGACCAUGAAUCCGUGAUGCUACAAAAAGGCGCUACGUCAAAUAUGCAAAAAAGUGAACUUUGUUAUGGAAUAUAAUGCAAAGACUGCCGAAUGCCAUGCCAUACACUAUUAUCAAGAGCCACAACAACAACCGAGCAGCAGCAGCAGCUACGCCC